GGAUGCCUCAAGUCUUAUGGAAGAGUGUAAUACACUUAGAGAGGAUUAUGAAAAAUGUUUUAAGGGUUGGUUCAAAGACAAAUAUCUAAAAGGAAGUAAUGAUGAUUUAGUUUGUUCGAGACUCUUAAAAAACUAUACUCAUUGUGUUAAGAGUGCUAUGAAUGAAAGAGGUAUCGAUGUUGAAGAACUAAGGCAAUAUCAUUCAAAAAUCAAAUCAAAAAAUGAUCCAGCUAAAAAAUAAUUUUUUUAUUUUAAUAUAUUUUAUACAAUUUUGGUAAAUUCCUAACAUAGAAAAAUAUAGACAAAAUUUUUCAUUA